CUAGCGGCAUGAGGUUUGACUGUAUUCAGCUAAUUUUGUUUUUCAAACAUUGUAAGAAAUAUGUUUGCAUGAAAUAUCUGCUUUAACAAGUUUCACAAAGUAAAAUGAUGAUUACUGUUGUUGUUGUUGUAUAGUACAUUCUGUUGGACUUUCUGUAUGUUCCUGUUAAAUUGAUACAACUGCUAAAGAUUAGUCUGUUUUGCCCUCCUGCCUUGUUCUGCUGGAUAUGCAUUGGCCUGAAGUCACAAAGAAAUCCAAAGCUGGGGAUGUAUUUUCUUUUAAUUAUGCUCUGUUCACUUUACCCAAGUGCAGUUUUUCCCACAGAAUAAACAAGUAUGAAAUUCUCACUGUACUGAAUUCAGAGAAUCUUCUACAUGUCUUUUGACUUAUAGUCCCUCACAUUGUGCAAAGCUUAACUCAGAAUGAGUUUCUUGGGUUUUUUUCUUCUCAAAGUACUCUGUGAAUACAGAAGCUCAUUUGUCUGGUUGUGGCUGACCUGGUCUUCCAAAAAGCUGUGUAUUGGCAAGGAUGGGGAUGUAAUGUCAAAUGAUGAUGUAGGAUGCUCAAGGGUCAGGUUCAGUGUCCACUAAAACCAGUGAGAAUCUUUCCCCAGUCUCUGAAUUUUAGAUGAAGGCACAGAUGUGCUGUUGGGUGUACAUAUGCUUUCCUGCUAAUUCUGGCCAGCUGCUAGAGCAAUGAUUUAUAAAUGCUUUGCCCUCUGGAAGAUCUGGAUGUGAUAGCAUGGGUAGGUACACUUGGAAGCCAGAAGCUCAAGGUACUAACCUGUAACUGAAGAUUACUUCCAUUUUGAGUUUUAUCAUUCUUUAGUACCUUCAGUAUUCCAGAGGUUUUCCAGUUAUGUUGGUAUAUCCCACAAACUUCACUGCUGCUCUCCUAGUAAGAGCUAGAAUGCAACAAUUCCAGACAUUAGCAUUAGUAGAGGUAUGAACUGUGUAUAAAAAUAGUUUGCUUUUCCUCUCUCACUUUUUCUGCCUUCCAGAACUUUAGCUCCAUGUUUCCUUUUAACAGAUUUAAUUUUCAUUUGCUCCUCUGUCACAUGUCUCUUAGAAUCCGUCUGUGUCAGUGAGUUUCCAUUAACAUUAGGCAUAACGUGCUGAAUUUGCUUUUCUGUUCAAGUUAUUAGGGGUGGGUCUAAAUCUUCCUUUUAUUCUUCCUAAUCUGGGUCCAUGUGACUUGUACAAUUGCAUUUGGUGUUGUGUUGCAUUCCGAAUGUUUUUCUUCCCUUUGGCAUAAGGGUUUACCUAUGCCCUACAGUCAGGGUGACAUUAGUUAAAUCAAAGCAACUUGAAAUCAAAGCAGCUUCAACUUGGCAAGCAUUUUACCUGUUCUUAUAAAAUCAUGUCUGUUCUACCUAUAUUUUCUCUGUGGCAUAUUGUGGCUGUGUAGCUGCUUCCAGAAGUACUUGGCAAUCCGGAUGAAUUGUCUUCCUGAAGGUGCUCACUGCUGUGAGCUCACUGCUGGCCCCAGUCUGUGUUGGAAGCUCUCUCCCUUUCAUGUUUUUAAGGAAAAAUGUAUUUUUAUUUGUUGGUACCAGCUCAUAGAUUACAAAGUGAGUGUAAAUACAAACAGAUACAGUACUGUUCUUAGAAAAGAAAAUGGAAGUUUCACAUUAAUAUAGUUACUUUGUUUGAACAUGUAUCACCAUAUUCCAGCAAAACAUCUUAUGUGCUUAUUUGCUAAAUCACUAAUUUUGAGUAAAAAUACUGUCACAUUGCAUUUGGACAGAAACUGGAAUAUAAAUAUGUGUGCAAGACAACAUGAUUUUUUAAAAAUUAAAUUAAGUUUUCUGAAGUAUUUUGGGUGCAUAAGAGGAAAAAUAAUGUUCUGCUGUGGGAUACUGAAAGACUUAUGGGAUAUGAUUAACUUAAUUACAAAGUAGCCAUAUAAACUGGGGCACACUCAGCUAUCUCUCUUUUCAGUAGAUGCAUGAAACGGAGGAGAAAACAGGAGUCCUUGUUUUGAAAGUGCCAAGAUUUCUCCUUUGUUAAUGGAUCUCCAGUCCUUGUACUGAACACUGAGUGAACUGACAAAAUGCUCCCUUUGUGCUGUCAGGGAGGCAGCUGUCAAAACUGCUGCUACUCUCUAAACAGAUACUCCUUCCAAGUGGUUAGUCAAUAAUUGCCAUCACUUCAGAAUUUUAAAAGCUUUAAUUGACCGUAUUUUUUAAUAAACCUAAAUACCGAAGUUACAUCCAUUUUUCCAAGGCUCUGAAUUAUCAACAGGUUGUAAAUAGGAAAUCUGUCUUUUGCUGUAUUCUUUAAAGUGUGACAUCUUCUCCCACUCUUUCUUAAUGGCUAAUUAGAAUAUUUUUUUUUUUUUUUAGAUUUUUAAUGCUGUGAAUCUGUUGAAGUUCUCCCCCAAAACACACUCCCUUGUAUUCAGUUUGUGUUGUGAGCUGGGCAUGAGUUCUGAGAUUUCUGGAUGAAGUGAGAAGGAGAACUUUUAAAUCUGCUUCUGAUCUAGGAAGAGAAAAGUGGCCAGAAGGCCUCAGAGGCAAAAGAAGUGAAACUGUAUGGGCAGGUUCCUCCUGUGGAAAAGAUGGAUGGCGCUCUCUCCGCUCUUGUUAACUGCGAGAAACUAUCACUGUCUACAAACUGCAUUGACAGAAUCGCCAACUUGAACAACCUAAAAAAUUUGAGGAUUCUGUCUUUGGGAAGAAAUAACAUAAAGAACUUGAAUGGAUUGGAGGCAGUUGCUGAAACUUUAGAGGAGCUGUGGAUCUCAUACAACUUAAUUGAGAAACUGAGGGGUAUCCGUGUAAUGAAGAAACUGAAAGUUCUUUAUAUGUCAAAUAAUUUGGUGAAAGACUGGGCAGAGUUUGUGAGGCUGGCAGAGCUGCCAGUACUAGAGGAGCUGGUGUUUGUAGGCAAUCCACUACAAGAGAAAUUUGCCGCUGAUCAAAACAGUUGGAUUGAAGAAGCAACCAAACGGGUACCCAAGCUGAAAAAGCUGGAUGGUACCUUAGUUGUUAAAGGAGAAGAGGAAGAAGGAGCAGAAGGAGCAGAAGGAGUAGAAGGAGCAGAAGGGGCAGAAGGAGGAAACUGAUGACACUUUCUUAUUGGGUAUUAAAUUAUUAAAGUAACUCCAGAUAGCUUUGCACAUAAACUUUUAUAAAAAUAUUUGUUUUGAAGAAAAUCUUUGGGCAGUUUUUAAAAGACCAGCUUAUCUCCACAGUCUCUCACCCAAAGAGUUAGUUACCAAAAAUUGCUCACACUGGUUUUGUCAAGCUUAUGACACCUUCUGUAGAAACUAGUGGAGCUGAAUUUACCUGCUGUUUGGCUAGCAAGAGAUCUUUAUUUAAAUUAAUACAUAGCUAUUUUUAAUUCCUGAUUAGUGGUGCUUGUUGUUCACUCUUGGGUUAUAAAAGAACCAUUUUAGCUCAUUUGGUGCUGCUGGCCAACACUGAAUUGGAAACUCUGAGGCCAGAAGAAUAAUGUGGUUUAGAGACACCUGAGGAGCUUUGUUGUGUUUAAUUUUGUCAUGGGACUCACUCAAUAUUUUUAACAUGUGAGUUUGCCUUUUCAUUCCUUGAAGUGUUAUGCCAAACAGGCCCAGUAGUUGCAUACGCACAGAAAAAGGUAUUGGUCUGAUGAGCACUUGUUCCUGGCCUUAAGUCUUGAAAUGGGCUUCUCACAUUAGAACUCAACUGCAUUGCUUAGAAGGCCAUGUAUAACUUAUAUAUUUAUUUAUUUUUAAGAGGCAGUGGGAAUUCAUUGCAUGGUUUCUGUAAGACUAAAAUACGUGCUAACUUUGGGUUUUGUCUCUUACUAAGACAUUAUUUUAGAUUGGAAUAUGUGGCCUAUCAGCCUACAGCUGGUUUCUGGCUGCAUUGGGUCACUGGUGGACAUAACCCUUCUCAGCUCUGGAAUCUUCCUGUAACUAAGGAGGCUGAUAGUAACGAGAAACUCACAGUAAACAGAAGACUUGGGCUCAACGACAGAAAAUUUUGAUUUUGGGGAUACUAAGCAGUGAGAAAAAAGUAUAUGUAGUUAGUGGGGACAGUGAGAUGAGAUGGGAUGAGAAAUGAGGAUGAGAUGAGAUGAGAUGAUGAGAUGAGAUGAGAUGAGAUGAGAUGAGAUGAGAUGAGAUGAGAUGAGAUGAGGGAAUUGGUAAAAAGAAGUAUUGAAGAGGUACUGAAUGUGCUAUAUUGCAGGGUAACCAGUUUUAGUAAAGCCCCUUUAUGUGGCUAUUUCUAGUGAAAAGCAUUAAACAACAAUGAAGACAUACCUGAUUCCACUGUAGGAUGCCAAUAGUGCAGUUUUUCUUCUUCUCUUUGAAGAAUAGAUGGAGUCACCUGAGUAGAUUUUUCUGCAGUUCCUUUUUGGUUUUUAACAAGCUUUUCUUCUAAUUUGUGGUACCAUCUUUUUUUUUAAAAUUGAAGUGACAACAAGAAUAUCUGCUGGUUCCAGCCCAGGCAUAGAAGGAUGGGGUCAGAAUGGCACUCUUAGUUAUUUUGUUCGUGAAGAUGUGGCAGGAGUAGAAAUCUUGGAAGCCAAGUUCAGAGACGAAAUGGCAGAAUUGGCCCAGGCAACAGUGGUACAGAUCUCAAGCUCCAGGUAUAAUUUAGUGGGCAAUUCUCUAAUCAGUUUCUAAGUGAACACUGUGAAGUAAAUUAUUACAAGACAAUCACAGUUUAGUUUAAAUAUAUUGCUACUUAAUCUGUGAUUACUGGAGGAAUUCUAAAGCAUUCUGAUUUAAGGUGGCAUUUGCUGAAGAGGUUUGAGUUUGAUUUGGAUCCGUUACUAAAAGUAAGUCAAGAGCACAAUGGCAAAAACUCUGGACAUUCUUCACCCAGCACAAACUAUUUCCAGGCAGCUGUUCUCUUUACCAGAAACUACUUUUUUAGUUAGUUAGUUCACUGGGUUUAGACAACUUUGGUUUGUUAUUUCUUUAGAAGUAUUCUAGCUUUAUCAUGAGUAAAGGCAGCAUUGACCAAGAAGCACCAUGGAGGAGUGUCUACAGUCAUGAGUCAUUUCACACAUCUUUUAAGCCAAGCCACUCUGUUCACUUGCAGCCAACCACUCUUGGCAAGGUGGGUGUGCUUGGGCAGUACAGAGCCCGUGGCACACUUAGGCCCUGCUGGCCCCAUCUGCUGGGGGGGCUCACAGGGCAUUGGCUGUGCCCUUGACCACUGCAGUCAAAGUGUGGCUCAUGUGAGCCAGAGCUUGACUGACUCAAAACUUGCCUUCUGAAUGUUCCCAACUAGCAGAAAUGCCAAAUUCAUCUCUGUGUUUGGAGACAUUUUCAGAAUAGACCACGUGGUGCUCUUCUCCUAGUGCUUGGCCAUGAAGAAAAGUGAUUGAAGCUGUGGAGCUGGUCUCUCCCAGCACAGCUGCAAGUGGUGUGUAUGGCUGGGUUAGCUCCACACAUGACUGUGACAGGAGGAAAAGGGAGUGGCGAGCACAGUCCAACGCCAAGUAAUCCUGCUGGUUGAUUCUUUAAAUAUGGCCUAAGUCUGUACAUUUCUGAAGGUUGCAUUAGGCACAGCAAAUACUCUACCUUGUCUAUAUUGGGGCAUUCUGAGAGCAGAAUAGAAACUUAGUGUUCUGACUAUGUUGUAAUGAUUGAAGUGAAACACAGAUCCAUUGACAAGUUGUGAGGGAUAAGAGCAGUUCCUGGCUCUUGUAAGUGAUCAGUAGAAGCUACACCUACAGGGAUCAGUCCAAAACUAUUGUAGGUGGUGGUAGAGCUGGGGGGAUUGUGUGGCCCACUGGCAUUGGUGCUUUCCACAGAUGAAAUGGCACAAAUUCUCUAGUUCUUUUCUUUGGGGGCUGCAUUAUAAAUACCACCAAAAAAAGGGAAAAAAAACAUUAUUGAAGGAAGGGAGCAUCUAGUCUUAGAUAAUAAUUUAAAACCCUUCUGAUAAAAACUAUGUGUCAGUCUCAUUGAAACAAUACAGUAAGAAAAUAAUUGACUGUGGCUUUUGUUUAUCAGGAGAUGCUUUGUCUCAAAGCUGGUAGCUUCACUUUAUCUUGCUUUGCCUAAUGAGUCAUGAUGACUCUCAAGAACAAAACAACCUCAGACUUUUUCUCCUCCAAAGUAAAGUUGCCCUAAAUUUUUUAAUUUGCACUUUAAAAUUAGGCACUGGAUGUGAUGGAAGAUAUAGGGAGGUGGUAGAAUUACAACAGCUGGUUUGUAUAUUGGUGGUGCUACGCGAUAUUUUGUGUAAGGUGACAGUGACACCUUGGCCUGUGCACCCACAGGGACAUUAGAGUGAGAUGCUGGAAGGCCUGGCUUUCACUUGUGCACUCUGCUGUUCCUGUCACACCACAUCCAGUGAAGCAGUAAGUAUACUAUUAUUCAUGAAUGAAAAGGGCACCCAUAUUUAAUGUGCAAGCCAUGUGGAAUUCUGCUUUUCCCAGUGAAGUUACAGAGGACUAGCAUCCACUUCAUUCCUUAGAGAAAUAUCCUAAAAUUAAAUUAGUGGUAGGAACUAGCUAGGUUUUUUGCUUGCUUGUUGGCACACUUACCUGUCUUCGAAGAGCUGAUUGAUGUAUGCAGUGAUUAUUGAGAACUGAUGGAAAAAUGACAGAAGAGACCUGAGAACCAGCAGAUGACUCAGUUUACAGUAGAAGUAGGCUCAUCUAGAAAAACUUCCAAGUAAGAGAGCACUUUUAACAUCCCCUUUGGCAAUCUUUUUUAUACAGUAAUUUUGUAGCAUGAAAAGCCGUUAAAUUUGCUGUGUUUAAAUUAUUUAGACCUAUGUUAAUAAAUGUUAUUCUGUAAAACUUGUUCAAAAAUAAUAUAACCUUAUUUUAUACAAAUGUCUUUGGCUGAUGUGUAAUGAAAUAGUUCAGCUUGUGAAAAGUAUUUGGAAACUAAAUUUCGUUCUCAUUAAACUUUCCUGGCUGCUCAGGAAGCAAUGUAUUUAGAGUAUGAUAGCAUGUAAAUACUGUUCCUUAUUGCCUCUAUAUUUUAGAACAGAAAAUAACUUAAGGCUUUAAAAAUGCUGAUAUAUUGUGAUUGUUGUCAUCUGAUACAUAAAUAUUUUUCAAUCUUUUAAGACGUUGGUUGUCAGAAUUUGUUCUUAGGUCCUAAGAGAAAAGUCUACUACUGGUAUAUGUGGAAAAAUAUCAAGGUAAGUAGAGAAAUGGCUGGUCUUUCUUCAGUACAACUGAAAUAUUACUAAUUCACUUUGUAUUUAAAUUCUAUUAAGAGUAAUAUACAAUCUGUUCCAUUAAGCCCAGACAGGGAAGGCUAACUGUCUGGGCUUAAAAGGCUUCUCUAAUAGAAACUUCAGCCUUCAGCAGACCAUGUCACUGAAAUGUAAUUUCAAAACUCUGAUAUAAAGAAAACUCUUCCUACCUCACAGUCCACAGUAGUUAGUCUCAAUAAUGACAAGAGCAGCAUCCUACAGUGAUGGUUGUAAUGCUAUUUAGAAAGCAUAUAGGGAGUUACUGCAGAACUUCUCACAGCACCACCAACUCAAAGCUUACUAGUCACUAAAAUGCUUUAUAAGGUUUCUUUCAGUAGCUGAAAUAACUUCCAAAAGCCUGGGCUUAGAUCCAGCAGUUAAAAAAAGACAGAACCCAAAUUGCACAAAAUGUGUGGGUUUUUUGAUAGUCCAAGGUUUGUUUGCACAGCCUCAGUUUUAGUGAAAGUACUAAACUUCAGCACUUUUGCCAGCUGGCUUUGCCAGGGAGGCAAAUGCAUGACUUAAAGCUUUAAAAUCCUGGUCUGUUAUCUCAAGUGAAGGCUUCGGUGUUCCCUGUCUCUUCACACACCAAGCAAAAUACUUUUUUCUCCCAAUGCUAUUGCUGAUCCAACUACCACAGGCACAGGGAUACACUAAAGCAAGGACCUCUACACUGAGCUGAAAAAAACAGUGUUUUCAUGUCUUGGGCCGAGUCUUUCUCCUGCCAGCUUUGCCAAAAAUAUUGAAAUGAAAAGGUCAGCAUAAAUUAACAGGCGUGCUGCCUUAGAACCCAAGUGCAAUCUCACAGGAGACCAGUCGGGCACUGGUACACAUUUCUGCCAUCUGCUUUAUGUAGCACUUGUAGCUUUUAAAGACAUCAUGCCCACAGGUCCUUAACUAAAAGGCCAAGUACCAAAACAGAAGGAAGAUGUUUAGAGGAUAGAUGGAAGCGUAUUUAAAAUCCACACGGAGAGACCCAACUGCUGCCAGAAGAAACAAAAUACAUGCUGUGUAACAAAACCUGUUAAAUCCUCCCCUCAGAUUCAGGUAAUAGAUAAGUGCCUUUAAGACAGUAUUUAUUAAAAGUUUUUUCAAACUUUAUCACUGAAAAGUGUGAUACAAUGUGAUCUACAACUGAAGCCACUGCAGAAUUCACAUCUGAUGCAGGCCCAUCAGGUACUGAGUUGCUCCACGAUGUCUUUGCCUUGCCCAUGGUCUUUGUAGGCAUUUCAGGUAGUGUCAGAAUCCCACUGGCCUUACUUACAGCACAGCAGACCUAGCACUAUUCCCCAGGAAUUCCUAGCACACUGUCAAGGUUGUUGCUGUCUUUCUGUGAGGGUGCUUGGCUUGGAGGGGAACACACAUCCCAUCAACACUCCUCUAAAGCAGUGGAGCUGCAGAUUUCUCUGGGCUCCUACAGCCACAGGUGCCAGUUCCUUUCUUGGAUGUAAGACAUAAAAUACACUGCAGGCUUAUGUCUCGGGGGAAGGUGAGAAACAGCCUCUAGGGCUGCUGUGGGAAACACAGGUGAGUAUGAAGAGAGAGCAGACCAGCCAGAAGGACUCGGGACAGAAGGACCUGGGCAGCCUCCUGUGCAUCACAGCCUGCACAAGCCCCAGGCCACUCCCUCAUACUAUUAAGAAACUAAGAGACUCAGAAAGAGAAGAAACUCAGCUAAGAGACUGUUGGUUUUUUUUAACCUCAUUUAAUAAAAGGUUUUUUAGAUAUAUAGAGGAUAUUAAGUAAAUAAGUUACAUAGUACAUUACAAUCACAUCUGCAAGAUUUCCUUUAGUGUAUUAAUAUUUUAUAAAAAAGCACACAAAAAAUAAAUUCAGUCCAGUCUAUCACAACUGUACAGCAACAGGUAAAUAUAUUUAUAUAUGUACAUUUUAAACAUGUAACAGUCUUUUAAAAGGUGCCCUAGGCAGCAGACACACAAAAAGAAGUGUCUGCUCACUUGUUAAAACAAAAGUAAUAUACUUUAUUAUAAAGCAUUUAUACAGUAAUUACAAAGGCUGACUGCUCCUGUACAGUACACCAAAGCUUUGACUACAAAUUUAAAAACAGAACAUAAAAAGAAUGAACACAAAAAGUUUAUAUCAAAUCUGAGCUACAAGGGGAAAAAUACAGGUGGAGAAGCUGCAGGAAACUUUUUUAAAAUACACAAUUACAUUUCUAUAAAAAUAUAUGUUGUUUUCUAAUCUGGAGAAGUUAAGGGUUUUUUCAGGCUCAGCUGUCAGUGGAAUCUUAGUCUUGGAAAGAAAGAUCCUUAGACAGCUUGGGAUUUAAAGUUUGCGUCUUCCUAACAUAUGACACAGGAGAGGAGGGAAAGUAAAGCAGCUGAACCCAAGUGACAAAUUUACAUAGAAACUUACCCCCCUCCAGAAAACAAACAUGAUUUGUAGACUCACUUCUCUGUCUCUUUAAAGCUUUAUAAACUUCCAGACAUACAUCAGAAGAUAAAGCAGGGAGAAAGUUUGUGUGGGAAAAUGUGUAUUAGAAUAAGGUUUCUGGUAAGCAUUGGACUAAAUGUGCCAUUGUAUGAAAGCAAGACUCCUAUGCUUAUAGUCCUUCCUACUCCCAUUUCUCUAAAAUACAGUAUGCAUCUGUAGGAACCUUCUAGUCCACUGCCUGAAAGAGAAUUAAGAAGUGUGUAACUGCAGAGAGUGAGAAAGCUCAGGUUUGUGAUUUAAGAAACAGUUUUUCUGAAAAGUGUUGAUUUUAAUCUAAGCUUGUUGUAAUGGCAAAAAUGACCAAAAGCCUCAGCUUGAUAAAUCAGAGUAUUUUUAGUUAAAUUGGACUUUAUCUACAAUGGGUUUAACAGAUGAGUUACCUUUAAGCUUCUGAAUUUCUAUCUUUGCCCUGCCUUUAAGCAGCUACAUCCCUACCUCUUUCUAACCAGCAAAAUGACAUGGUCCUGCACAGCUGAGUGAAAUUCUGUAGGCCUUCAACUUACAGAGCUAAGUUCUCUCUGAUACCAUCACCUCUAUCAGUAAAAGAACAAACAUCAAAUAAAUUAAAAUGCAGAAUGGUUCUUGCAGCUAGACUGCAAAACACCUGCAGCUAUAUCAGAUAUGCAUCACAAGUGCAUGCAUCUAUCUAGUAAUUACAUACACACAUAGUCUUACAAAACUCAGAUGCUAUCCCAUGCAGAUCACAAACCUGAAAGACUGAAUCUAUCUGUAAAGGGCAGGCAGAAGCACAGGCAGAAGUAUGUGAUCAGGGCAAACAUGACCUGUCACUGCAUCUCCAUGAUGCCCAGUGCUGGCAUCAAGACUCAAGUAGGUAAUGAUCUGAAAUACAGCCAUCUGACUAUAGGGUAUAUGACCACCUGAAGCCUGAUCUUGCACUGUAAAAGGCAAAUCUAUUAGUACACAUUUAUAGAAUUGCAUUCUAUAAAUAUUUGUUCCCAUUUGUUCUUCAAAGCGAAGAGACACCUUGUUCAAGUUAAUGACUUGCUUCUGCCUGUUUUCUAAAUUAGCAACAAACCCUAACACUAAAUGGGGAUCAAUCAAUAGGCCCUUAAACGAUGGGAAAUAAUGAGCAUGGAGUUUUAAAACAGACAUAUCAACAGAACAUUGAGAAGAGUUUUGUUUGUUUGGGAUGGGUUUUUUAAAAUCUCAACUGGAAUAACACAAACUUAAAUUAACACUGUGCUGCAGUAAAGAGCCACUCAAGUUAUUUUCCCCCACAAAGAGUAGGAACAUAACUCAUUCCAGAUUAGACAAAUUCCAUUUUUAAAUACUUUGUCCACAGAAAUUGGGGGUUGGUUGUUUGGGUUUUGGUUUUGUUCUU